CACACUUCACACUCCACUCGAGCAAAGCUUCACUCGUUCGAUCCUACAGCUUCCUUUCCUCUUCCUCUUCCUUUGAUCGAUCGAUCGAUCCCGACCUCGAGUUCAAGCCCGGUCGAGCCUGUUCGUUCGUCAGCACGAGAAAGAUGCAAUACCAAGCAGAGUCCAGCUGGGGGUACCAAAUGACCGGCUCCAUGAGGAGGGGCGGCGGCCGCGGCGUGGCCGGGAUGGGGGGCGACUCGUCGGAUCCGCUGGAGCGGGUGGUGAGGCUGGCGUCGGAGAGCGCGGUGGUGGUGUUCAGCGUGAGCAGCUGCUGCAUGUGCCACGCCGUGAAGAGCCUGUUCUGCGGGAUGGGGGUGAGCCCGGUGGUGCACGAGCUGGACCAGGACCCGAGUGGGAAGGAGAUGGAGCAGGCGCUGGCCCUGCUGCUCGGGAGCUACGGGGUCGCCCCGGCCGUCCCCGUGGUGUUCAUCGGCGGGAAGCUGAUCGGCGCCAUGGACCGGGUCAUGGCCUCCCACAUCAACGGGACCCUGGUGCCGCUCCUCAAGGAAGCCGGUGCACUCUGGCUCUAAAUCCAAGGAUGGGGGAAAGGGAUGAGUUUAUUUUUACGUGUCUUCUCUCCAUAAUGUAUCGUUCAUAGUUUCGGUUAAUGAAACACAAGCUUUUGUCCA